GCAGGCUAGAGGACAUUCCACCAAUAGCCUACCGCUUCCUGGUCAAGUAAGCAGCAGGCAGGGCAGCAAGAACAUCGUUGGCGGAACAAUACUACACACACACACCCGUCCAUCUGGAAACACGGGUCUGACUGUGCAUGCCAACACUGAUUGCGUUGGUGAUUGUAGGCCAGGCAGGGAGGUGUGUCUAGUACAGUUGGAAGAAAGAGGUAAAUGGGUGGUGCUUGUGUGAAUAUCGUGGCGACCGGAGCGGAGGUGUUUUGUAGGUGACUGUGUAUCAACAGAUGUGCAUGUGUCCUAGUAAAAGCACUGCGGCUGUUAAUCUGGACAGAAGCAGCUCGUAGGCUACACGAAGUAGGCGACCUGACCGAGGAGAUCAUGGAGCACAGCCCUCCCCACUUCCUCCAGCAGAAGGGCUAAAAGAAGCUUCCAGACAGCGCUGACUGACCGCUCUGCUCCCCCCAUGGCUAACAACAACAGUCCAGCCCGGGGCAAGAGCCAGGGUCAGGGCCCCAUAGCCAACAGCAGUCCAUCCCAGCCUCUGGGCCAGGCCGGGGCUGUAGUGGCCUCGUCCUCCACCCAGGCUGAUGUGGUGGUCUACUGCAAGCUGUGCCUUAGUGAGCACCCCUCAGCAGCAACCAGCGCGCUGCACACCUGUGACUGUGUCUUCUGCACCCUGUGUCUACAGCAGUAUGUUCAGCUGGCCAUCCGGGAGGGUGGGGGCAGCCCGGUCACAUGUCCAGACAUGGCUUGUCAGAGAACAGGAGUCCUACUACACUCAGAGAUAGCCUGUUUUGCCCCUGCGGAUCAGGUUGAGCUGUACCAGCGACUGGAGUUUGAACAAGGGGUGCAGCUGGACCCUAGUAGAGCAUGGUGCCCGGUGCUGGAGUGCCAGGCUGUCUGCAGAGUUGGACCCAGCUCAGAGGGCCAGCCUACGUCCGUGCCCUGCUCAGCCUGCCACACCAUCUUCUGCUCUGGUUGUAGAGGGCCCUGGCAGGACGGGCACGCCUGCUCCGAGCACCAGCCUAUGACAUCAUCAUCGCCUGCCUCAGAGAGCAGGGGCCGGUCAUGCAGUGACUCUGAUCUGCCCAUCAAGCAGUGCCCCAUGUGUGGUGUGUACAUCGAGAGGAACCAAGGCUGUGCCCAGAUGCUGUGUAAGAGCUGCAAACACACCUUCUGCUGGUACUGUCUGCAGAACCUGGAUGGUGAUAUAUUUCUGAGGCACUAUGAUAAGGGGCCAUGCAGGAACAUGCUGGGCCACUCCCGAGCCUCCGUCAUGUGGAACAGAACACAGGUGGUGGGCAUCCUGGUUGGCGUCAGUGUCAUCGUGCUGGUGGCCUCUCCUCUCCUCCUGCUGGCUUCACCCUGCAUCCUGUGCUGCCUGUGCAAGCCCUGCCGAGGCAAAAAGAAGAGGAGGAAGAAGAAAGAGCUCACACAGACAGACAUACAGCCAGAACUCAGUCCCACCAAGUCAUAAAGAGAGACUGCUCCUUCUUCUCACCACGGUCUGGGAAUGGAUCCAUUUAGUCAGUUCAGGCACUGAUUUUAAUUCAUGAAUGGAAACAUCUUCAUUGAAAAGAAUGGGGUAUUUUUCAACUCAUUGAAUUUUAAAUAAUGUUAUUGAAUUGACAGAAUUGAAAACUGACUAGUACCCUGAUUGCCACCAUCUCACACACACAUACAGUACAGGACCGCUGUCUACCACCCUCAUGUGCCAAACGUCACCAUGCCAAACCAGUCUUCUUACAGUAGGUGCACAAGUGCCUCCAUCCUACAGUGCCUGGUAUUUGUUUUGCCUUCCAUUAUAUUAUGCAAAAUAUGUGUGUGUUGUUUAUGAAAAGAACGACUGUAAGUAACAUAAGUAACAUAACGACUGUAAGUAACAUCCUUAACCAAUGCAAAACAUUGUUUCAUAAUGUGCUGUGGAAACUGCAUUGUGCACUGUAUUGGGUACUGGGAGAAAAAUGUGUCCUGGGAGAAAAAUGUGUUCAUCCCAAAUGGCACCCUAUUCCCUACAUAGUAUACUACUUUUGACCAGUCCCUGGUCAAAGGUGUGCACUAUAAUGGGAAUAGGGUGCUAUUUUGAAAGUAACCAAUGAUAUAGGGCUUCAAAGGUGCACAUAGAAAUAUUUUCUGCUGCUGACAGAUUCCUCCUGGAAUUCCAGACCAAAUUUCUGUUGGGUUCUAUAUACUACUACUACUAUAAUGUAUGUAAAUAUGUAUUUAUGGAAUAGUGUAUAUGGUGUCCUGUUUGUUUCUACUUUUCUUCGUUGAUGUUUCUGCAUCAGAUAUUUUGUAAAAGAUCCAUUGUAAUUGAAAUAAACAUCAGAUAUUGAACAUG